GGUGCUUCGAGACGCCGUUUUGCGACCUGGGAAGGUUUUUUUUUUGUUGGCUGCCUUGCCUUCUUCGAUCUUUGCAUUGUCCUCCCGUCGUCGUCGUCCUCCUCCUUCUCGUCUCUGCCGCUGUCGUCGGCGUCCUCGUCGUCGCCUUUGCUUGCGGAGAGGCACAAAAGAGCGACCCGCCGCUGAAUUCCGUCGCACGCGCCUUGAGAAAGGCCUCCAGACGGCGCCGACCCACGCAGAACCGCCGGGCGGAGCAUCAUCUCGUACUUGUGCCUUGUGCUUUGGCGGUGCGUGUGCGUGUGCAGCGUGUGUGCUGGUGCUGGUGCUGGCGCUUCCGUGUUGAUGCGUGCCCUCGCCUCAGCCCUGGCCCGACCUUCUGCGUCUGCAACUCGCGCAUCCAUCGCUUGUGUUUCUGGCGAGAGACACGACGUUUCGAAGAUUCCACUCUAGUCUGUUGAUUCCAGGCUGGCGCUUUGCCUGCCCUCGUUCGGUCUGCUCCGCCUGUCGACCCAAAAACAGGCUCACCAGCAAACGUCCGUUGCUUAUCGACAGCUUUGUGCCUAUUGUUGCACCUGCGUGCCAUCGCUACUAUACAUCGUCAUCGCCCUCGCAAAAUCAUCUCCAACGCCCGCAUCACCAUAACCAACCAACGCGCAAAUCCAACGACAACAACAAGAACAACAGCCACCGGCGCUUUAACGAUCCAAGGUGAGACUGCCCAGUGCAGCCUCUUCCAACGACCUCAUCCCCUCUCCCACCUUGCAACGGCUGCGAUCUUACACUCCACCACCUCAAUCACCGCUCGCCUCCAGAAUCAUCGGCCACGCCGGCCACGUCCAUUGCGCAAACACGCAACCACGAGGCGCCCCCAAUCUUCUGGUGACAACUCCGGCCCUGUCGCCCACCGCAACUUAUCCUCUUGAUCUGACGCCACUUCCCCGUCAAGAGGAAGACUGACUGAAACCUCGCCUCGGUUGCAGCCGUCUCAAGCCGAUCACGAAGCUGGAAUUAUGCCAUGCAGAGAAGCCGGAAAAGAGAUAAGUCGGCUUCGAAGAACAGGCAUUGGCACCGCCGCCAGCAGUAGGUUCUGGUAGAUAGCAGCAGCAACUCGUUUGCCUUUUGAAUGGCGGCGUCUAGCAUGAUCCGUCAGCAGCACGCACUGCCCGUGUCUGUGAUGCCGACGCAUCCUCAGCAACCGCGUCCUUCGAAUUACGUGAGAUGGGCUGCGGCACCGCCCUCACUACCCAACCUAGACAACUCGGCCAUGACCUCAAACUCAUCAACUCCCCGAGCCAUCGGGACCGAGCACAGAAGCCAGCAGCCACACGAGGAACACACUUCGCGCUCCUCAAUGCAAUAUGCGCGACCUUUGCAGCGAAAUCAGUCGUACCCACCGCACGGGUCGCCCAAGAACGAGAACGUACAGCCGACCACAUCUUCGGAGCACAUGCUCAGAAGGAAGACGCCCAACGGAAUCCUAAACGCUGCCUACGACGGCACGGCCGUGGAGCAGAUUGAGCGCCCUCAUGCUAUGAAGCAUAUCCUUCUCCCGGCGUCGGAUCAGGUCACUGAAAACGUUCUCGGUGGGACGUUGAAUGGCAGCAUACCUCUGCGCCCUCAUGCUCAAGCUUUCGACCCGACCUAUGGCAGUCAUAGUUCCGGCUCGGUCUGGCAGCAUAAGCCGUCGUGGAUACCCUCACAGCCACAGGUUCCCCAGAUUGACUCAAUGUUAAACCAAAUGCCGCUGCAGAAUCCCAGUCUGCAAUACAUGCAGACUGGCCACCAUCCGUUUGCUUUCAUGCCACCACCACCGCAACCGUCUUUUGGCCCAACUGCAUCAAACGACAUCGCCCCUUUUGGUCCUUACUGGCCAAAUGGCACAUAUGUCCCAUACCGACCUGCGGCAAUGCGAGACAUGAGGUACUACCCUCAGCACACCACGAAUUGGGCCGGCCAGGCGAGCCCUCUUGGUCACACAGCUGUGAACAGCGCGUGGGCAAACACCGGCAACCAGUACCUGGACAUGUCAAAUUUGAAUCUCAACAGCCCGCAGACCUUUCUCCCAAGAUCUGGAAAUUCUCAUGGCGCACCUGCGCAAAGAGGCAGGUUCUACGGUGCUGAAAACCGCCCGUUUGACGGUCAUGGUCUUGGCACCCACGAGCCCAUGUUCCCCCCGUCGAGACCGCAGAGGACCAGCACAGGAUACGAGUCGGGGCUGGAGUCAGGCCAGACGACGCCAACGCCGCACAACUAUCGAUCAUCCAAACCCUUGGCUGAAUACGGAGCGGACUCCUCGAACGCAGAGCUGCGUGAAAAGAUCUUUUCGUGGGCUCAUUCUAUCUACAUCGAUUUACUAAAGCACCUGCACGAGGCUCGUAGACGAAGCCAUCACCGACACGGUGGCCAGCACGGUUCAUCUGGCCCUCACAUUUACCCUCGACCGCCUCGGCAGCCGGGAGUCGACUUCUCUAGACCGAGCAGACACAGGAGCAAUUCUGAGUACGGCUCGCGCGGCAUUCGGCACGAUAAUAGCGUGGAGAAUGGCUCGACACGUCCGAACGCACCGCCGCAACUUCUGUCUAGACCGUAUGCUGGUCGACAUGGAGACGUGCCCAGUGCGUGGCCCGCGCUUGGUGUUCACCCGUCGGAUCCACGCUCCACCGAGCGGCAUCCUUCACUCCGGCGUAUGACGACGUCUCUGACACCUUCGUUCAACUCGAUCGUACGUGUAGACGCGGGACCGGCAGGAGACGCUUCGGCCGCACUGGGAACGCUCACGGAAAUGUGCCGAGAUUCAGGAUGGACAUGGAUAGAUGGUCUGCUUCUAGGUGGCUGUUUGGCUUACGCUCUCGGUGACUACACUAAAGCCACGGAGUGGUACACCAAGAUCCUAGAAUUAGAUUCAAACCACGUCGAGGCCAUGUCCAACCUAGCUGCGACGAUGUUGGCCACGCAUCGUAAGAAAGAGGCGGAACGGUUUUGGAGCCAGGCCGUGAAGCUGCGUCCCAGCUACUUCGAGGCUGUUGAGCAUCUGGUCGGUCUUUUGUGCGGAGAGCACAGGGGCAAGGAUGCCAUCGCCGUGAUUGAACACGUGCAAAAGGCUCUGCAACUGUCACGCGUGGACAAUGGAGUUCUGGCCGACCACCGGAGCGAGACAGGCAGCUCCGUGAGCGAGACUCCGUCGCUCAACGAGGUCAUGGAUCAACCCGUCUUCGACUUCGACAAGGACCCUGAUCGUAGCUCGAAAGACUACUCUGAGCUGCCAGGCUCGAAUCAGCCAGGCUUCGGAUCAAGCGGCUAUUCAAUUGCAGGUGCAGACAACGGCCGCAUAUUGCAGCUGGUUCACGCCAAGGGCAACAUGCUGUACGCGAUGGGCGACAAUGUCGGCGCCGCAAAGGCAUUUGAAGAGGCCGUCAUGAUUGGCGUGGGUCGUCAAUUUGGUACCAUCGACGGUCUUAUCAAACACAUUCUGACAAUGGUAAAUCGAGCGUCGGGACUGAGCAUGCGCCCGUCGCCAACGGUGGAUCCCAUCCUUCUCACUCCGACUCAAGCUUUGGAAACGUCCAAACUGUGCUUCCCCAACCACGGCGAGCUCCCCGGCUUGAAAUACAUUGUGCGAGAAGGGCAGGGUAGAAAGGCGGUCGUAUCGACCACCAGCAAUUCGUUGCUGUCUCUGGCGAAGAUUUUUCAGGACGGCAUUGCAUCUAGCUCGUCGAAGUCGGCCGUUUUCAAGACAACGUUUGGCGUCAGAGAGAUUUUAGCAUUGUACUACUUGUCUCUGUCGCUGCAGCCAAGCCCUUCCACCGCAAACAACGUGGGCAUUCUGCUCGCUGGUGUGCAGCAGGUGGCUCCGCAUUCAGCAACCACGGCAGACAACAAGCAUCUGUAUCCCGGCGUGGCUCCGGGGAGCGGCGUCCAUCUUGCUCUACUCUAUUACCACUACGGUCUGCACCUAGAUCAGAAACAUGCGCAUCUGUACACCAAUUACGGCUCUUUGCUGAAGGACAUUGGUCAGCUCAGUCUGGCAAUCCAGAUGUAUGAGCAGGCUGUGAAGUGCGAUCCAAACUUUGAUAUCGCUCUGGCCAACCUUGCAAACGCUGUCAAGGACACCGGUCGCAUCGCGGACGCCAUCUCCUAUUACAAGCGCGCCGUGAAAGCGAACCCGGACUUUGCCGAAGCCGUGUGCGGGCUUGCCAAUGCUCUGAACUCGGUGUGCGGCUGGCAGGGAAGAGGUGGCAUCGUGAGCAAAGAUGGCUCGUACGAUCGAUGGCACGUAAACGAUGAGAACAUGCCUGUUGACGCAAGCAGGCCAGGUGUGCAGAGCUCGGGCUGGAUGAAACGCGUCGUAGAUCUCGUCGACAAACAGCUGGCAGACGGUGAGGAGUGGGCCAAAGGCGUCAUAUCGCCCGACUUCAUCGAGACUAUGCUGAAGUUCGUGCCGAUGGUAGAGAGGUCGCCGCAGGAGCUGGUUGACCGACAACAAUCGCUCAAGAGAGCCUUGCAGAGCUGGUCGGGAUUCAAGUGGGAGGGCGCAAGAGUGGUGCGGCUCGUGGAAAGAAUCAUCAAGCGACUGAGAUGGCGGUGGUACCACGACAAGUACGUGGAUGGUCGUGAACGCCCGUUGGAGUGUUACAAGCGACCGACGCUGCCCUCCGCCAUCACCAUUCCCGCUGCGCCGACCGUUCUUCCGUUCCACACAUUCACUUGCCCAAUGUCCGCGAAACAGGUCCGGCAUAUCUCACAACGCAAUGGUCUCCGGAUCUCUUCCUCGACGCUCAAGGCACCCUGGCUGCCGGACACAGUGUAUCGGCCACCUCCGCCUCCCAAUCCGGUUCUUAGGGUUGGUUAUGUCUCAUCAGAUUUCAACAACCAUCCGCUCGCUCAUCUUAUGCAAUCCGUUUUUGGACUUCACGACAGGCGCAGAGUCGAAGCGUUUUGUUACGCCACCACCGCGAGCGACAACUCCGUGCAUCGCAAGCAGAUUGAACGGGAAGCACCCCACUUCUACGACGCAACCACUUGGUCGACGGAGAAGCUGGUCAGCAAGAUCGUAGAUGACGGCAUCCACAUCUUGGUCAACCUCAAUGGCUACACCCGCGGCGCUCGCAACGAAGUCUUCGCUGCACGUCCGGCACCCGUGCAGAUGUCUUUCAUGGGAUUUGCAGGCACGCUUGGGGCGGAAUGGUGUGACUACCUUCUUGCGGAUGAGACGGCCGUUCCGGUCAGCACGCUUCGACCCUGGCGUCGCAACGUUGACAUCGAGGACCAGAUCGAGGAUGAGCAGAGCAGCGCUGAGAAUGAUGACUGGAUAUACGGCGAAAACAUCGUGUACUGUCGGGACACGUUUUUCUGCUGUGAUCACAGGCAAAGUGCCCCAGAUGCCAAAGAGAGGCAGUUGAACUGGGAUGAAGAGCAGGAGCGUCGAUGGAAGAUGCGGAAAGAGUUGUUCCCAACACUGGCUGAUGAUGCUAUAAUAUUUGGUAAUUUCAAUCAGUUGUACAAGAUUGAGCCGACGACUUUCCGCACCUGGCUCCGCAUCCUUGCACGAGUGCCAAAGGCUGUCUUGUGGCUCCUACGAUUUCCAGACCUGGGCGAAACGUACCUCAAGCAGACGGCUGAGAAGUGGGCAACACCCGAAGUGGCAUCCCGAAUCAUCUUCACCGACGUCGCACCCAAGCACAUGCACAUCUCUCGAGCGCGCGUCUGCGAUCUGUUCUUGGACACCCCCGAGUGCAACGCCCACACAACCGCGGCCGAUGUUCUUUGGAGUGGUACACCGCUUCUCACACUCCCAAGAUACCAAUACAAGAUGUGUAGCCGCAUGGCUGCCAGUAUUCUCAAGGGCGCCCUGCCGAAGAACGAAGAAGGAAACAAGGCGGCGCGUGACCUUAUCGCAAACAAUGAGGAUGACUAUGAGCGCAAAGCUAUCCUGCUUGGUAAUUCUUUGACAUAUAAUGGACAUCGCCCAAUUGGUCGGCUGGGCGAGCUGAGAAAACUCCUUUAUGAAGCACGCUGGACCAGCGGCUUGUUCGACACAACUAGAUGGGUUCGGGAUCUAGAGGAAGCAUAUGAGAUCGCGUGGGACAGGUGGAUCAAGGGUGAAGGUGGCGACAUCUGGUUAAAGCCAGCGAAGACUCGUGUCUGAGGUGCUGUGAGAGAUCAUGACUGUAUGGGACGCGACAUUGCGGACCACAAAGAACCGCCACGAUGAGAUUACGACAAGCAAGACUUUGAACAUUUAUUCGAUGACGAACAAAACCUAAGAAGAUGGAAAGCAAGCAUUGUGGGAGGCGUCUGUGGUGCUCUUUUGUCCUGUAUAUGGAUAUGCUAUUAGUCGAGCGAUCUUUUUUUUGUGUUGUUUUAUUUUUGAUCUUGUUUCUUUUUUCAGUGGUCUUAGGGAGCGGAGUCGACUUGGAACGGGAAACCCAUCUCAACUUUGUAUCUGACGGGCGUUCUAGCGCAGGCGUAUAUGUGGAUUAUAGAUACCUCUCUUCGCGACUGUCUUUCUCGCAUUGUGGACGAACCACGCGGAUCACGAGGCAUUGAUCUUUUUGUACGGUGGACAGCCGGGCACGUUUCUUUCCCUUCCUACCCGAUAGACCAGUAGAACGGACACGGUGGCCAUGCUGCCGCUUGGAAUGGACAUUGUUCGGCGGCGACGGACGUUCGCCUACA